AUGAAGCGCGAUUCUUGCGCCAAGACCGCCUUAGCCAACCUCGUCCGCGACGCCAUCGCCUUAGCCAACCUCGUCCGCGACGUCAUCGCCCUAGCCAACCUCGUCCGCGACGCCAUCGUCAGGCGCCACAAAGACGGCCGGCACCCCGUCGCGCUCGCCCGCGCCGUGCAGCACGUCCGCUUCCUGUAG